GGAAGCAUCUCGCAGUAUGAGACAUCGACAGACAUGCAGAGAAGGAAAUGCUUUUCACUGCUGCGCCUCUUUGUGGAUUGUAGAUGACGCGUAGACGUGUAGAGAGUUUAGAGAGCUGGCAGGAACAUGAUAACCGCGUUUCUAUUUCUGACGGCCCUUGUCACAACGGCCGGAUUCAAUAUCUUGACAAAAGAUGCCGUGGUUUUUAACGAAGAUGACCCCCUUUUCGGACAAGAGACUAUUCAGUCCAAAAAUGGGAUUUUUGUUACUUCCCCCUCAUCUGGGAAAUUGUUCAGAUGUGACCUACAAACUAAAAACUGCUCUGUUGUCACAGGAGGUACACAAAAGCGUCGAAGACCCGUCCAAUCAGCCUCUAGCUUGGUGACUGGACAAAAAGAAGAGGAGCAGCACUUGGUUUGUCAGCAGAGAUACACCAGAAAACCACAAGAAAACUUGAAUGGUCAAUGUUCGUAUAAGGUUUCUCCAAGCCAGGAAAUAAAUAUCAAUCCUGCUGAAGAAGCAAAUAACAUAACUCUGGCUAAUAACACGAACAAAGAGAGCAACAACAACAACAACAAUAAUAAUAACAACAACAACAAUAACAAUAAAAACAACAACAACAGCAAUGGCGACGAUGAGGAGGAAGACCCAGGAACAGAGAUUGCCUUUGUUCUGGAUGGCUCAGGAAGCAUUGAUCCUGAUGAUUUCAUCAAGGCCAAAGAUUUUAUUGCUCAAGUUAUGGAAAAUGUCUGGUUAACAUGUUUUGAUUGUAAUUUUGCAGUUGUACAAUAUGGAGAUAUUGUCAGAACUGAGCUUUCACUAAAGGAAAAUGAUGAUCCAUCCAAAGCCUUUGCAAAGAUUCCUGACAUAGAGCAGAUAGGACAAGUCACCGUGACGGCAUCAGCCAUCAACCAUGUUCUGGAACAUGUUUUUGUUCCACAACAUGGAUCAAAACCGGACUCUAAGAAAUAUAUUAUUGUGGUGUCAGAUGGACGUAUAUUUAUGGAUAACAUGACACUUACAGAAGUUUUGCAGAAGCCCAAAAUGAAAAACAUUACCCGCUUUGCAAUAGGGGUUGGACCUCAGGUGCUGAACCAUUCCAUUGCACUUAAAGAGAUGAAAGAGAUAGCUUCAGACCCAGAUGAAAAGCAUUUUUUUGGAGCUGAUGAUUACAGUGGACUGGAGAAGAUUUUGUCAGAAUUACAAAAAGGCAUUUUGGGGGGUAUUGAGGGCACCAAAGGAGUAGGAUUCCGCUUUGAUUAUGCAGAAGCUGGGUUCAGCUCUCAUAUUGCCCCUGAUAAAACCCUUCUUUUUGGUGCCGUGGGUGCCUUUGACUGGAGUGGUGGAUUGAUUGUAAAAAACAUUGAAACUAGCUCAACAGCGUUUCUAAAUGUAACAAACAAUGAACCAAGAAUUCCUAAGACAGCUGGGAAGGCACAGAAGUUUUCAUACUUGGGUUACAGUGUGACAUCUGCACAGGGGUCGAGCGAAACACUCUACGUCUCUGGAGCACCCAGAUACAACUUGACAGGAGGAGUUUUUAUUUUCAGCGGAAAGACACAUGACCUGCGACAGUUACUACCUGGAGACCAGGUGGGCUCAUAUUUUGGGUCCGUUCUCUGUGUCCUGAACGUUGACAAAGCCAACACACGGAAAAUAGUCUAUUUAUUAGUUGGAGCGCCAUACUUUCACAGAAAGGGAGAAGAGGGAAAGGUUUUCAUCUACAAACUGCAUGAGCAGCAUGGAUUUCAAAAGCUGGACUGGGAGUGGUCAGGUGUGCCUAAGUAUGCCUUUGCUAGAUUUGGGUCUGCCAUAGCAAACAUUGGAGAUGUAGAUGGGAAUGAUUACAAUGAUGUGGCUGUUGGAGCCCCUCUUGAAGAGAGGGAUGGAGGGACAUCUGGAAGUAUCUACAUUUACAAUGGAUUCAGUGGUGGCCUUCGACAGGAGCACUCACAAAGAAUUUCAGCAGCAGAAAUGGGGAUGAAGCUGAAAUACUUUGGCCAGUCUGUGAGCCCCAUGGCGGAAGCUGGGAAUAAAAGGAGACAGGAGUAUAUCAGUGUUGGGAGUGAAGGAAACGUCACGGUGUUAAAAACACUUCCUGUGAUUGUCCUCAACCCUAAAAUGACUGUUCCUGUAGAGAUUAAGCGCUCUAAUCAGGCAAAGGACAUUUCCAACAAAUUAGAGGUACCACUCAAAAUCUGUUUCAAUGCACGGCGUACAGAUAUUGAAGAGGUCUCUAGCAUUCUUGUUCGAUACGACAUUGACUUGGAUGCUGAUCAAGCUAAGAAGCGUCUUAUAUUUCCUAAUAACAUGGCAUCACAACAACACAUGAUGAAUUUGACUGCAGAUUUCGACUGCACCACUGGAAUGAACUUACAUUUUUUGGGAUGCUCUGACUGUUUUUCACCGAUCCUAGUCAAGGUUAAUUUUAAACUCGACUCAACAACAGCACUUCCUUAUGUUCUGGAUGCAUUUACCCCAACAGAGAUAUCAGCAAAGAUUGAAUUUGAGAGACAGUGUGAACAGGAACUAUGUCCAGCAAAUAUAAGCCUGUCAGAUUCACGCCUCAGCAAACAAAAUAUCAUAAUUGGAGCCACUCAAGACUUGGACAUAACUUUAAAUCUUACAAAUACCGGAUAUGAUUCCUAUAAGACAACACUGACUUUGACUUAUCCCAACAUCCUUCUCUUAUCGAAGAAACCAGAGAGAGCUUCCUGUGAAAAUGUAAUCAGUGAAAUGUUUACUAAGCUGAAGUGUAAUUUCAGUCACCCAAUCUUCAGAAGCUCAUCUCAGGCCAUGUUGUCCAUCUCAUGGCAGAUUGAGGGAACAAAAUCAGAUCAAAAAACUGCUGAUAUCAGUGUCAUCUUAGCCAAUGAAAAUAAUGGCUCUCAGAUCCUGGAUCAGAGGAAUUUUACUUUUGGAAUAGAGAAUGCUCUGAGAGUGGGAAUUGACGGCAAUUCUGAACCUUCUUCACUGAAGAAUGAGGACGAGGAUGUCAAGAAACCAUUGAAGAUCAUAUUUAGGCUUGAUGGUGAGAACAAACACAAUGCCACUUUAAAUAUUACCAUCACCAUAAAAUUGGAGACAACUCACACCAAGGUGUCUAUCGCAAGUUCCCCAGAGAGUGGAUGUAUAUUACCAUAUACAGGUGAAAUCAAAGGAGUUUACCAGAUGCACUGUGUUCAGACAAACCUCAAAGAGAUUAGCAUCAACAUGGAUGUGGAAAUCUUUAAAACACAGGAGCAAGAUGAAAAGAUUGUGGUCACAGGAGAGCUGGGCUUUGACCAAAGCACUUUUGUGUCACUGGACAGGAAUCGACUGAAGAAGGAGGUGGUGGUUACAGUAAGGAAACUGACUGUUGUCAAAUCAAUGCCAUCAAUCAUUGGAGGGUCCGUUGGAGGUUUUCUGUUCUUAGCCAUUAUUAUUGUCAUCCUUUGGAAGUGUGGGUUUUUCAAAAGGCGCCAUCAAGUGGCUCAAGAAUAGAACAGCAGCCAAGGGAUGUUCACAUGCAUGGAGGAGGAGGUUCUCAUGCUCAAGGCCUUCUAAGCUGAACUUAGUUGUUCUCCAAGUCUUUUAAAAAAAAAAAUUGUAUGGGAAAUUAUGAUUUAAUUAUAUUUCUUCAUGAUAGUGUUAUUUUAUAUUCAUAUAACAGUGUAUUAUAAAAGUAUUUUUUGCCUUUUGCCUCUGCUGUUAUUUUUCUGAAAAUUAUUUUUGCCAUUUCUUUUUCAACCAAUGAAAUUAUUUUAAAAGCCCAUGUUUUGCUGUUUAACUCCAUAAAACACAUUCAAGCUCUGUAUUGAAAGUAUCAACUCUAUAGGCUACUGUAGGUAAACCCUGCCUGAUCUGCCGGCGAUUUGGAUUUCGCCCUGCAGCUCAGGCUGGAAACCUGCACAUCUAGGGGUUCGUUUCAUGCAACGUUUAUACGUCCUCCCUCGCUCCUCGAUGCCUCGAUCCUCACUGAUCUACAUAAAGAAUGAUGGGGGGGAAACAAUGGGAUAGUAUCCAGUGUUAGUUAUAGAUCAGUGGGCACGCCCCUCGAGGAUCGAGCAUCGAGGAUCGAGGAGGCAUAACGAGAGGCACCCUAUAUCUCCUGCUUCCUUUCCACAUCUUCUGGGUCCAAUCACAAACUACCUUAUCCAAAAGGUGCACCUGGAUCGUUGGUCUGAUUGGUUGAAGGACUAUCCAAAAGCGUGCAGUCAUUUGAACUAUGCCCAUUGACGCUUAGUUCGCUUCUUGUGCAAUAGAAACAAAGCACAGACUCCCCAGACUAUUGUUCAAUCUUAAAAGAUUGAGCUUAGUAUGGUGAUAGCCAGACUAUCAGCUCUCUUCAUAAAACCUGAAAUGUAAAUUGAUAUGUACAUGUAUUUCUGUAUUAUUCCUGCUAUACUCUGUGUCUUCAUGGAACUGGUUUCCUAUGGCUAUCUAUCGGAAGCUGUGCCAAAAUAAGAUUGUUACCAUGUUCAUAUGUUAGAAUGUUUGUAGCCUACAAUGUAUCAAUGGUUUGAUUGAAUGUAGGCUAGGCCUAUAAAUUGACAGUUGGUAUAUUUUUAUUCUUACAGUUGAGCUGGUUCUUGUGCAUAAGAAAUGUCAUUACUGAUAAAUGAUUAUUUAUGAGCACAUGACAAUAAAUUGUAACUUAAACUCGAA